UAGAAGAAGGAAGGGGGACUGAUAAAAUGGAGGGGUAUAUUGGGGAAGGCAGCGAUUAGAAGUAAAACACUUGUGAGAAGGGAAAGGUUGGGGGUAAAAGGAGAGGAAUAAACAAAUGAAAAUGGCAUGGAGGGAAAUACAGUUAUCAUAACUAUAAAUGUGAAUGGGAUAAACUCACACUUUAAAUGGAAGUAGAUAGCAGAAUGGGUUAAAAAUAUCUGCUUUUCCACCCAUUCCCCUCUCUGCCCGCCCCACCACCACCACCACCACCAAGUGUCACUCUGGCUGCAUCAUGCUGACACCAGCGAGCUAACUCCCUGUAGUGCUGGAGCCAGAGCCACUGCCACCCUCCUUCUGCCACCCUAAUCUUCUAGGGAUACCUCAUCAGCCAUGAUGAAAUGUCCUCUGACAUUUACAAAAUCCAAGAGAUCACAAAUGGGCUGUACCUGGAGGUGGAGGGGAAGAUGGUCAAUAGGACAGAGGGUACCAUUGAUGAUUCACUCAUUGGUGGAAAUGCCUCUACUGAAGGUCCUGAGGGUGAAGGAACAAAUGCCACUGUAAUCACUGGAGUUGACAGAGUAAUAAACCAUCAUCUGCAAGAAACAAGUUUCACAAAAGAAUCUUACAAAAAGUACAUCAAAGACUACAAGAAAUCAAUUAAAGGCAGAUUUGAAGAACAUGAGCCAGAAAGAGUAAAUCCACUUAUGACAGGAGCUACAGAACAAAUCAAACACAUUCUUGCCAAUUCUAAAAACUAUCAGUUCUUCAUAGGGGAAAACAUGAAUCCAGAUGGCAUGGGGGCUCUCUUGGACUUCCAUGAGGAUGGUGUUACCCCAUAUGUGAUUUUCUUUAAGGAUGGCUUAGAAAUGGAGAAAUGUUAGCAAAUUCCACUGAUUACUUUGAAUCACCUGUCAUCAUAACUGGCUGCUAUUUUUUGGCAUCUACACAACACCAGGACGUGGACAAACUUGGACUGAUGUCAUCUUGAGCUUUAUUCAUUUAUUCCUUAAAUUGAUUUAUUUGGAGUGGAGGCAUAGUUUUUUAAAAUGUGUCAUGCCUAAAAUAAAAUGCAUUUA